CGAGAGAGAUCGGCCGUUGAGGUGCCCCGCCUCGGAAGAGCUUAGAUAAGGUCCCUGCGGGUCUGAAUUCCUCGGCCCAUUCGGAAUACACCGCUGCGAGUCGUUGGCCAGGCGAACUCAAAAACCACACGAACGUAGACGAAAGAACAGCACUGAGAAGGCUUACGGGAAUACUCCGAUUUACGUUUGCAGCAUCUCCUCGCCAUGGAGUUCCUUGCAACGACGAUUGUAGGUGUUAUUGCCAUUAUCACUAAAGUUUCCGCCCAAGGUGCCGGUGGAUACGACUUCAACGCCCAGAGCGAGGGACAGCUAAGCGGCCAUCUAUCUCCUCUGCAAGUGGCCGGAAUUUCGAUGGUGGUCGUCGCAUGCCUUGGCGCUGCGGUCGUGUCCAUGUUCUUCUGCUACUACAUCUACAAGAAGAACAAGGAGAACACGGCCUUGCCGAGAUACUAAACUACGUCGAAAGCCGUUGGCUGAUGUGAAAAUGCUUCGAUGUACAUAGACAAAAAUAACUGCAUUAUCAUGCUUAUCAUUCAUCACUUGGUUUUCUUAUCAUUUCUUUUUUCACCUAGAUAACAAAUAAAGCUUCUUUUAUAACCUUUG